AUUUAGGGGUUUUUGAAGAUUUUCUCUCGUUUAUUCUUUAUAGAGUUUGAAUCAAAUUCAAAGUUCAAAGACAUGAAAAAUAAUUGAUUUGGAUUCAAUUAUCUCUGAAAAUUUUUGAUUCAUAAAGUUUGAUCCGACGUUGGUUAUCGAAUGGCGGAUCAACAAGAAGAAGAAGACCUUAGAUUGGCUUUACGAAUGAGCAUGCAAAACUCGCCUCCAGAGCCGAAGAGGAGCAAGCCGGAAGAAGCUACGAACUCAGCGACGACGACGACGCCAGAGGAGAGCCGACGACUGCAGCGUGAAUUAAUGGCAGCUGCAGCUGAGAAACGGAUGCUGCCGGCAACGAAAAGCGUUCCUGCUUCCGGUUCCCCUUUGAAAAGCGACAGUGGCGGAGAUUUAGGAAAGAAAGAGAUGGAAAUAGAAGCUAAAGAAGUGAAUUUGGGAAAUGAAUUGUCGGAGGAAGAAGCUUAUCAGUUAUUUUUUAUGGUUUUUGGAAGCGACGUUUCGAAGGAUAUACUGGCUCAGUGGAGUAAUCAGGGCAUAAGGUUUAGCCCUGAUCCAGAAACAUCAAUGAUCCUAGUUCAGCAUGAAGGUGGACCCUGUGGUGUCUUAGCAGCCAUACAAGCAUUCGUUCUCAAACAUCUUUUCUUUCCGGAUGAACUGGUUAAAGCUGCACAAAGCAUGCCACAGAAUUUGAGUUCCAGGAGAUUAUCCAAAAAUCAAUGUGUUGCAUCAAAUAAUUUUGCUGCUUUUACUGAAAAUGUAAAAACAAGAGCUCUAGUUAAAAGUAUGGGUGAGAUAUUGUUUUUAUGUGGAAAUAAUAAAAUAGCCGUGAUUGCAACUUUGAGUUCCAUCGGUGAUGGCAUUGAAGGAUCUGAAGACAGUCUAAAAGACAUUAUCAUUGCACAAGCACUUGAAGGUCUUUCAAUUGGAUCGGCUUCUGAUUUGCAUAAAAUUUUAAGAGUUGACACAUACACAACUCCAGUAAGUGUCUCUAAGAGGCUUGAAGCAAUGAUCCCCAUUUUUCAAAGUCGCAUGGGAGCUUUGCUUUUCCUUAUCUCUGCCUUGCUUUCUCGAGGAUUGGACUGUGUUCAAGCCGACCGGGAUGACCCUAGCCUUCCUCUAGUAACUGCACCUUUUGGGCAUGCUUCUCAGGAAAUUGUGAACCUGUUGCUAUGCGGGCAAGCUGUGCCGAAUGUAUUCGAUGGAAGGAUGGAUUUUGGUGGUGGCAUGUUUUUGAAGGGUGUAUCUACAAAUGUGGAAGUUGGAUUCCUAACUCUUUUGGAAUCGCUUAAUUUCUGUAAGGUUGGCCAAAACCUAAAAUGCCCAAAAUGGCCAAUAUGGGUUGUUGGGAGUGAAUCCCAUUAUACGGUCUUAUUUGCUCUGGAUACGUCUGUUCAAGAUGAGAAUGAACUGGAAGAAAGGGAAUCGCAGAUCCGGAAAGCUUUCGAUGCUCAAGAUCAGAGUGGAGGUGGUGGCUUCAUUAGUGUGGAAGGUUUCCAUCAAGUCCUUAGAGAGACAAAUAUUAGACUUCCGCCCGAAAAACUUGAUAGUCUUUGCAGCUCAGGCUUCAUUGUGUGGAGUGAGUUCUGGCAGGUCAUUUUGGAUUUAGACAAGAGCUUGGGGGGUCUUAAGGAUUCGACAGGAAAAAUGGGUCAAAAGGUAUUCGAUCUUUUCCAUUUUAAUGGGAUAGCAAAAUCAGAUUUGAAUGGCAGCCAAUCGAGUUCUGGAGGUGAGACUCCGAUACAAAGACCAAGGCUUACAAAAUUAAGGGUUUCAGUACCCCCAAGGUGGACACCUGAGGAAUUCAUGGCAGAUGUAGCAGUUCCAUCUGGUUCUGCUGGGACCGAAGUGGUAAAACCCGAACCUUCUCAACAUGCGCCGUUGGUGGACUGCAUUAGAACGCGAUGGCCUCGUGCUGUGUGUAACUGGGUGGGGGACCCCCCUAGUAUAGUCUGAAAUUCUGAAUGUCUAUUAAAUCAUAUCUGGGAUCCUUUGAGGCCCCCUUUGAACUCGGUGGGGGACAUCGAAAAUAUAGACCUGGUUGAUUUUCUCAUAACAUUUGGGUAAGUUAGAGAAGAUGCUAUUUUUCUAGCGGACGAGCUUUCACCAU